UUGUCCCCCGUGGAAUUAAAAACAGAACUCUCCUAGACCAGCAGCUCUGCUGCUAAUAUCUCUUGUUUGAAAGGUCUUAUUUUGUGUUUGCAGCAAAACGGUUAGCCAAGCAACAUAAACAUGGAUCCAGGGUAUGUAGUAAACGAAGAACAACUGAAAAACGAAAUGAAAGAGUUUAAGGCACCUUUUGAGCACUUCGGUACCCAAGCUAUUCAUGCAGGACAGAAGCCGGAACAGUGGAAAAGCAUGGCAGUUGUACCACCAAUUUCAUUAGCCACCACCUUUAAACAGUAUGGACCAGGCGAACAUGCGGGAUACGAGUAUAGCCGCAGUGGAAAUCCUACACGAGAUUGCCUGGAGAAAGCUGUCGCGGCAGUUGAUGGAGCAAAACACUGUCUAGCUUUUGCUUCUGGAUUAGCAACUACUGUGACCAUUACACACCUGUUGAAAGCUGGUGAUAAUAUUAUCUGCACAAAUGAUGUAUAUGGAGGUACAAACAGAUACUUUAAAAGAGUUGCUGCAGAAAUGGGUGUGGAAACUACUUUUGUUGAUUGCUCAAAACCAGAGUGCUUGGAGGCUGCAAUUAAGCCAAGUACUAAGAUGGUUUGGAUUGAAACACCAACAAAUCCCACUAUGAUGGUGCUGGACAUCAACAAAUGUGCGGAAAUUGUACAUAAACAUGGAGAUAUCUUAUUAGUUGUGGACAACACUUUCAUGUCAGCAUAUUUCCAACGCCCUUUGGCUCUUGGAGCGGACAUAUGUAUGUACUCAGCAACCAAAUACAUGAAUGGGCACAGUGAUGUUGUCCUUGGACUGGCCUCAUUAAACCGACAUGAUGUAUAUGAAAGAUUGAAAUACCUACAGAAUGCACUUGGAGGUGUUCCUUCUCCUUUUGACUGCUACCUUUGCAAUCGUGGUUUGAAGACAUUGCACCUACGAAUGAAAGAACAUUUUAGGAAUGCACUAGCUGUAGCAAAGUUCCUUGAGGCAGAUCCCCGAGUAGAAAAAGUGCUUUUUCCAGGACUACCCUCACACCCUCAGUAUGAGCUGACAAAGCGUCAGUGCACAGGCUGUCCGGGAAUGCUUUCAUUCUACAUAAAAGGUGAACUUCAGCACUCAAAAACUUUUCUGCAAGCUUUAAAGGUUUUUAUACUGGCUGAGAGUUUAGGAGGUUACGAAAGUCUAGCAGAACUCCCCUCCAUCAUGACUCAUGCAGCAGUCGCUAAAGAAGAGCGGGAAGCCCUUGGAAUAAGCGAUACUCUGAUCCGUUUGUCUGUUGGACUAGAAGAUGUAGAAGAUAUCAUUGAGGAUCUGGACCAAGCACUAAAAGCAGCACAUCCAUCAAUCUCUCUUCGGAAUUGAAGCUGAAGAAGAAACUAUGGAUCCUGAAUAGGUGACCACCUGCUUGAACAAAAGAUGGUUUUAUGAGACCUUUUAAAACAAAUGUUAAAAAUCCAUAUGCCUUUUUAAGCAGACCUUACUUUUCCAAGUACACAUAUGGUUACCACUUGUGUCUGGAAAUGCAGUGAUGUGCAAUUAAUUGUCUGUACCAUUUUGAUACUUAGAAAAUGCUUUAAAGAUAAUUUCACUGAUACAAAUAACAGAUGCCUUAUUUUUAUAAGUAUAAUUUUAUUUGAAUUGAUCAUGAGAUGUAGGUAAUUAUAAUCUCAUAGGUUAGUUGUAUAUAUUGAUGGUCAUAAUAAAUAUAUAAUUCCUUGUAUUAAAGUGUUAAGUUUGUCUUAACAAGUAUUGUACGCAGACUGUAAUGUUGGUUAUUUUAAACUGUUUCAAAAAUAUUGGCAUAUAUUCAGUAAGGGGCUAAAAGAACAAUGUGCUUUCUAUCUGUUUAACUACUGAUAUAUAAGUGUGCUUAGUUAAUCACAUUUUGAUUGUGGUGCUGUUUCAGUUUCCAAUGACCACUUAAUUAAUCUAAGUAAUUAGAUCUUCAGAAAUGACUUCCAAUAUAAUCACAUCUGAUACUGUGAUGAAAUGUUGGCAUCAUUAUAAUGUAACAUUCAAUUUUGCAUGCAUUAUUGUGAGGGACUUCUUUAAGCACCCCCAUGUUUAUCUGUAAGUGUGAGCUUAUGCUAUCUUCUUUUAAAAUCUACCAUAAUUUUUUGAAUGAGAUUACAUAUCCAUACCUUAAGCAAGGAAUUUCCAUAGGUGGGUCUGUGGAGAAAUAGUCCUGCACAUGAAUUGUGGACUAUACUAAAAACAUUAAUAAACUUGUUUGGUGUUUCAUGACCCAUUCAUUUAUCUCCGAUAGCUGUUAACUGGGAUAAAUACCUUCUUGUUAGGAUAAUUGAUGAAUGAUUUUGAUACUCCAGCUGUAAAUAUGGUGAACCUUCCAAUGUUUGUUGAUCUGUACAUUUUUUAAGUUCAUGCCAUUGCAAGCAAUGAAUCACUUUUGAUGACAGCACUAAUAAAGGCAUUUUGCAAAAAGAAAUGUAUUACAACUUUGAA